AUGCCCUCCCGAACGAAACAGCGGCCAUCAAUCUGGUUGGCCUUCAUUAUUUUCGCCUUCCUACCAAGUCUCACACAUGGCUGGACUUGGUGGUGGACUGAUGACCGUGGCGACACCCAUAUAGACAAUGGAACCAAUGACCGAAAAUGCACUAAAAUGACCCUCCCGAAGGGGAAACAGUAUCGAUGGGACUCGGAGGGUAGCAUGCAUUGCAUCUCUCUGUUCUCAGAUGAUCACUGCGGAGAUCGUAACGGAUGGUCCUGUCCUCCAUGGGGGCCUCGAUACCAGGGACAAAAUGUAUCUUUAUCAUAUCUCGUCAACAUGAACGGCGAGGAGAUAUCGUCAACACCUUCAUCAACUGAACCAACCCCCACCGAAUCCUCUGCUAGUACCAGCAAUACGUCUUCCCAUGAGAGUACCUCACCCAUGACAUCCAUUCCAACCUCACCAUCAACCUCAACAAACAUGCCAAUACCACCAGCCGAUUCAGGAAAGCUAUCAAGUGGAGCCAUCGCGGGGAUCGUGGUUGGAGUAAUAGGCCUCAUUGCAUUUGUAGCCUUACUGUGCUUCAUAUCUUAUAGACUUGGACAACGAAAUUCCAUUGUCAAGGUAUCGGUAGAGGAGCCCAAAGGCCAGUCUGGGGGAUCAGGUUCACCUUCUGCUCAUGAAAUGCAUUCUCCGACUCAUCCAUCGAUGGCAGAAUCUCAAACUAUGUCAACAGCAUCAUCACCCCUAUCACCAAGAUCGGAAUUGGCGGACAGUGGCAUGUUCACCAAACGGCAGAUGCUGUCCAUGCAUCAACGACCUAGGGCAACUGAGUUGCCAGACAACGGACGGCAAGAGAUUGCAGCAUAG